AUGUAUUGCAGAUUACCACCCCACAUUCGACAUCAGUUAUGUUUAUUGUUAGAUCCACCCAAUGCUAGAGGAAAUGAUUGGAGAAUGUUGGCACAAGCAUUAACUGUUGAUAGGUAUAUUAUUUUCUUUGCAACUAAACCAAGUCCAACAGAAAAUAUCUUAGAUUUGUGGGAGGCGAGACAUCGUGAAGAAACAGCCGUGACAGAUUUAAUGAACAUUUUACGUGUGAUGGGUCGAAUGGAUGCUGCAUCAGUUCUAGAAAAAGACAUGGGCUCGUGGUUAUGA